UCUCGGGUUGCCGAUCAUGGCGGGAGCCGAGACUGGAGAUGCGGCCGCAGCAGAGGCCCCGCAGCCUCAGAAGCGCUACUACCGGCAACGUGCUCACUCAAACCCCAUGGCGGACCAUACUCUGCGCUACCCUGUGAAGCCAGAGGAGAUGGACUGGUCUGAGCUAUACCCAGAGUUCUUCGCUCCACUGGCCCAAAAUCAGAGCCAUGAUGACCCACAAGAUAAGAAAGAGAAGAGACCUCACGCCCAAGUGGAGUUUGCAGACAUAGGCUGUGGCUAUGGUGGCCUGUUAGUGGAACUAUCACCACUGUUCCCAGACACACUGAUUCUGGGCCUGGAGAUUCGAGUGAAGGUUUCAGACUAUGUACAAGACCGGAUUCGGGCCCUCCGUGCAGCUCCUGGAGGUGGUUUCCAGAACAUCGCCUGUCUCCGUAGUAAUGCCAUGAAGCAUCUUCCUAACUUCUUCCAAAAGGGCCAGCUGACAAAGAUGUUCUUCCUCUUCCCGGACCCACAUUUCAAGCGAACAAAGCACAAGUGGCGAAUCAUCAGUCCCACACUACUGGCAGAAUAUGCCUAUGUGCUGAGAAUUGGGGGGCUCGUAUAUACCAUAACUGAUGUGCUGGAGCUACACAACUGGAUGUGCACCCAUUUUGAAGGGCACCCUCUGUUUGAGCGUGUGCCUUUGGAGGAGCUGAGUGAAGACCCUAUUGUGGAACAUCUGGGCACCUCAACUGAAGAGGGAAAGAAGGUUCUACGCAAUGGAGGGAAGAAUUUCCCAGCCAUCUUCCGAAGAAUAGAGGAUCCCAUCCUCCAGGCAGUGACCCCCAAUCCUACUCUGCCUGGUCACUGA